CUGUGAGAAAAACACAGAGUAGAAAAUCAGCAGAGAGAACAAUAAUCGCAAAUUGAGAACAAAAAUGGCUUCGAAGAUUUCCCUAAAGGCGGCGAAAGGCAAGAGCGUUAAGAAGGCGCCGGCUGCGGCCGAGGAAGAGGGCUCUACUGCGGCGGUGGCGGCAAAGUUCGUGAAGGAGUGGAGCACGUGGACCGUGAAGAAGGCUAAAGUCAUCACUCACUAUGGAUUCAUACCGUUGGUCAUCAUUAUUGGGAUGAACUCUGAGCCCAAACCUUCACUCUCGCAACUGCUCAGCCCCGUCUAAUGAAGUAUUAAGAUCGUGAUAUCGCUUAUUUCUGUUGGAUUCGUCUACUCUUUUGCUCUCUAUUUUUGGGUUGAUUACUAUUAAUCGACUUUACUUUUGGCUAUUUUAAGUGAGGGUUUUGUUUUUACUCUACGUGUAAUUGGAUGAUAUGUGUGGUUUCAGAAUUUUAUUAGUACAAUAAGUUUUACUGGAUAUUUUAAUGGCUGCGAUAUUAUUAUUGAUAUCGAAUAUGAAAUAGUCCUAAUCAUAACUUUUA